GCAGCCCCUGAGCCUCCACUCAAUCCAAUUAAGGCGGACUUGGUCCACUCCGUUACGUGUACAUCCAACAAGAUCGGCGUUAAGGUAACACCAGAAUAUUUGGCAAAGGGAGGGGGAAAAAGCAGCGAGGCUUUGCCUUCCCCCCUCUCUCUCUCUCUUUUUUUUUUUCCUCCUCUUCCUUCCUCCUCUAGCCGCUGCCGAAUCAUGUCGAUGAGUCCAAAGCACACGACUCCUUUCUCUGUGUCUGACAUCUUGAGUCCCCUGGAGGAAAGCUACAAGAAAGUGGGCAUGGAGGGGAGUAACCUCGGGGCUCCGCUAGCGGCAUACAGACAGAGCCAGGUAGCCCAGCCGGCUAUGCAGCAGCAUCCGAUGGGUCACAACGGGACCGUGACUGCCGCCUACCAUAUGACCGCUGCUGGGGUACCCCAGCUCUCACACACCGCUAUGGGGGGCUACUGCAACGGCAACCUCAGCAACAUGAGCGAGCUGCCUCCUUAUCAGGAGACCAUGAGGAACAGCGCCUCGGCCACAGGCUGGUAUGGGGCCAACGCGGAUCCACGCUUUCCCUCUAUCUCCCGCUUCAUGGGCCCCACGAGCGGCAUGAACAUGAGCGGCAUGGGAGGCCUGGGCCCUCUGGGGGAUGUAAGCAAGAACAUAGCCCCACUGCAGAGCGCUCCGAGGCGAAAGCGCCGGGUCCUCUUCUCCCAGGCGCAGGUGUACGAACUGGAGCGGCGCUUCAAGCAGCAAAAGUACUUGUCGGCUCCUGAGAGAGAACACCUGGCCAGCAUGAUCCACCUUACACCAACCCAAGUAAAAAUCUGGUUCCAAAAUCACCGUUACAAGAUGAAGCGACAGGCCAAGGACAAGGCCGCCCAACAGCAGAUGCAGCAGGACAGUGGCUCCUGCCAACAACAGCAGCAGUCCCCACGGAGGGUGGCGGUACCGGUUUUGGUCAAGGAUGGCAAACCAUGCCAGGCGGGGUCUAAUGCCUCUAGCGCUGCUGGCCUCCAAGGUCACCAACAGCAGGGGUCCGCGGCUGCGGCCAUCACUGUGUCCAGCAACGGCACCAGUCUGAGCCAGCACCCGAAUCACCAGUCCAGCAGCGCUGGUCAGUCCCCAGAUCUGGCCCAGCACUCAGCCAGUCCUUCGUCCCUUCAAAGUCAAGUGUCCAGUUUGUCCCACCUGAACUCUUCGAGCUCGGACUAUGGCGCUGCCAUGUCCUGUUCUACCUUGCUAUACGGUAGGACCUGGUGAAAAGAUUUCAUACCAAAAACAAAUGAGUUCUCCCUCCACUCUCCACAAUUACACACACACACACACACACACAC